AUGGGAAGAAAUCGCACCAAUUCAAUAAGUCAUCGUGAAUCUGCAGCUUACACUGCAACUAAGUGUAACGAUCCAAAAUCGAUCGAACUUUUACGCGAUUUUUGGAGAGAAGAAGUUGUUUCCCCAAUCGAUAAUCGUGGUGACACGAUUCUCCAUUUUAUUGCCAUUCAUGGCAAUGUGAGUGCGCUAAAAUUACUUAUCGAGGAACGACCAAUAAGCGGUCAAGAUUUAAAGAUUCAAAAUAAAGAUGGAAACACGGCGUUGCACGAAGCUGCUAGGUUCGGACGAUUAGAAAUUGUGAAGGUGAUGCCGGAGGGAGUUGGCUUGCACCAUACUUUAAUAUUUAUUCCAAAUUUCAAAGAUAAGAUAUUAAUAUUUAAAGCAAAUAAUAUUCUGAAUCUUGCUUGUAAAAUAAUUAAUGUAUUGUUUUUCUGUGAAGAGUGA